GCCUGUUUCCAUGCUGUAUAAACUCUGACUCCUUACUCCUAAUUGCUUGGCUACUUGAUGUCCUGCCUGCCCUCUGAGUCCAAUGUCCAUCACAAACUUCAGGGGCCGAAUGGCCAUUCCCCAGACACUCUUCCUUCUGUUUUCUCGAUUGAACUUCCCGGGGAUUUCAGGGAGUUUCCCUUCUGAGGGCUCCUUCCAUGUGCUGCGCCUGCGCAGACACCUCUUGCCUGUCAAAAAGUUGGCGAAGUUUUUCCCGGGGAGAGGCGGGCAGGCGGGCGGGAAGACCCUGCGGCACACCCCCGGAGCAGCCCCUCGCUCACCGGCUGCCGGCCGCCCCGCUGCACAGCAAGACUCCACGGCAGCUGCAGUCCGACUCACCCUCCUCUUGGCGCUGACUCAGACACCAGGGUUGGAAAAUGGAAUCGAAACCCUGCAAUGUGACCGGCCCCUGUGGUCAGGUGUGACCGGCCCCUGAGGUCAGGUGUGACCGGCCCCUGAGGUCAGUAUGCAGGACGACCCGGUUUACGACGCCCCUGACACACCGCCCUCCCAGCAGCCGGUGCACAAACCCUCCCUCAGCAAGGUCAGCGUGUUGGACCGUCUGAUCUUCACCCACUCGGUGUGGCUGCAGCUCAGCAUGAACUCUGCUACAUCCCUGCACAUCCUGCAGCGAGAGAACCCCGGGAUGUUCCUGGUGCGUAAAUCGGCCACAUCCCAGCGGAAGGUGCUGUCGGUGCGUGUGGCCGACGACAGUGACCCCUCCUUCGUCCAGGACUUCCCCAUCAUCGAGGACAGCGGCAACACCGCCUUCUCCCUGGAGGGUUCAACCGUUGUCUUCGAGGAUCUCUUCCACCUCAUCUCCUUCUACUGUGUGACCAGGGAUAUUCUGCCCUUCACGUUGAAACUCCCGCAGGCGAUCGCGAGCGCUCGGUCACACAAGCAGCUGAAGACCAUCUCGCACCUGGGGAUCGAAUUCUGGAACUCGACCCUCAACGUCCGGGACCGCCAGCCCACUGACCCCCCAGAGGAUCUGGGCAGCGCCUCGCCCCAGGAGCCGGGCAGCCCCCAGGGGACGGAGGCGGGGUCCGGCCGGGUGGGGGAGCCACUCCCACCACCCCCCUUCGGCCCCCUGCGGACCCGCACCCCGGGGGAGGUGUGUGCGCCCGCCCCCAACGGUGCCCUCUGCUUCUUCAACCCUCUCUUUGCCCAGCAGGACCCCAGUGGGGGCAAGAGGGGGCAAUUCAAGCGCAGCUUCAAGGUGCGGGUGUCCACCGAGACCUCCAGCCCCCUGUCCCCCCCCUCCCAGCCACCCCCGCCCAUCCCCCGGCCCCCGGACACUCCCCUGGCGGGGACCCCUUGCCCCGGGAAGGUCCCGUCCACCAACAGCGAUGAGGCCUCCUACCAGCUCCCCAGGACCCCCGUGGCCCCGCCCCGUCUCAAGAAGAAGUUGAGGGCGGCCGGCGGGCAAGGGAGCGAGGGCUACCGGGUGCCCGCCCCCUCCUCCGGCCUCGAACCGGACCCUGGGGGGCCCUCCAGGCGGCCCCUGACCAAGGCCCAGAGGCUCAGCGACCUCUCCCACAGCUCUGAUGACGAGGGGUUAGGGCAACUCCUCGGGAGCCCACUGCCCCUCAUCCGGGACCUGACCUCCCAGUCCCUCAGCAGCCUGGAGGAGGAGGAGGAGGGGGAGGAGGCGAGGGAGGAGGAGGAGGACCAUCGCCAACAUCCGCCCUCCCGGUCCCAGGGUGGUCACAGGGUGGGCUGGGUGAUCAGAGGUCCCAUCCGGAAGGUCACCAAGGUCCUCAGCUCCUUCGGCAGCCCGGAAAGGAAGCUGGUAAGGGCAGUGGAGGAGAGGGCGAGGGACCGGGGCACCUACUUCGGCGGGCUGGUGCAGGACUACCUAGGGCUGAUGCGCCAGGGCAAGGGGCAGCACGCCUCCAGCUCCGAGCUCCUGCAGUCGGUCCGCCAGUUCAUGAGCCACAUGAAGAUGGUGCUGCUCCACAGCUCGGAGCUGGAUCCCACCGUAGAGGCGCUGGUGGAGGAGCAGGAGAGAGAUCGACUCCUGGAGUCGGCCAUGCACAAGAGUGUGCUGAAGCCCCUGAGGCAGCUGUUGUACAGCAGCCUGCAGCAGUUCCACACGGCGGACGGCUCACUGGAACAGCUGAAGGACAACCUGUGCCGUGUGAGGAAGGCGGGUGCCCAGGGGCUGGGGGUUCGAGCCAGCCUGCCGGACCUUGGGACCCUGGAGAAGAUCAAACUCAAGUUUGGCCUGAUGCAGAAGACGUACUCUCCUGUGAAGAAGGUUCACCUCCUGCUCCACGUCUGCAAACUGAUCUAUGAGCGGCUACGAACACCCCAAGGAGAACCAUACGGAGCGGACGAGUUCCUGCCUGCGCUCUCCUACGUGGUGGCGCAGUGUGACCUCCCUGAGCUCUCGCUGGAGGUGGAGUACAUGAUGGAGCUGCUGGACCAGUCCGAGCUGAUGGGCGAAGGUGGAUACUAUCUCAUCAGUUUGUACACCAGCAUGUUUGAGCUGCAGAAUUAUCAUGUCAACCAACCCACAAUAGGGAUCAAGAGCGAGAUAAGGCACUCUCUGAAACAGUGGCACAAGCGAAGGAGAACAUGCGAGGCCAUGCCUUCCGUCAGCGACUUCCAGAACUUCCUUCGCGUGGCCUACGAAGACCCCAAUCACGGCUGCACGGCCAAGACGCUGGUGGCGCGGCCUUCGGACACGGCAGCGGACCUGUGCAGGCUCUGUGCCGAGAAGUUCAAGGUCGCCGAGCCCUCGACGCAUGGCCUCUACCUGGUGGUGGACGACAGCUGCCGGCCCCUGCCCUCCGACUCCCACCCCCAGCGCAUCAAGGCCGAGCUGAAGACCCAGGAAGAGCCUGGCUACUACUACUACUUCGUCUACGGGCCUGUCCAGCAGGAGGCACCCACCAGGGCCCACCGCAAACUCCAGCGGGACAAUGCUGUCGAUCUAGAGGACGUCCCACCACUCUAGCACCUGGAUCGGGCCACGAGACAGGGCCCCAGAGUGUCUUGGAGGACAAUGGGGCCUACUGGUUGCCACGGAGACGGGUAGGCUCGUGAGGCCUGGAGCUGGAUUUGUGGUUGUUUUUUGCACUCCAGUGGAUCUGAUCCCUGUUACUGGUGAAUUAAACUUCGGGAGGGGGAAUACGGACUGGUGUGAUUCAGGACAAUCAAAGUCAAAGUAGAAUUUAUUGUCAUGUGCACAAGUACAUGUAUGCACUGUCUGCGUUCUUCUGUGUUUGUGUGCCUGUGUGUUGUUCUGUGUGUGCAUUUGUCUGUGUAAUGCGCCCAUAUUUUUUUCUGUGUGUUUGUCCGUGUGUGCGUGUGUUUUGCCUACCUGUGCAUUUGCCUAUCUGUGCAUCGUGCACUCACUUUGUGGGUGUGUGUGGGGUAGUCAGGUGAGUGUCUGAGGAAUGUGGGUGUGUGUUCGCGGUUGAUUAAUAAUCUCCGUUUUUCGGUACUGAGACCAACUUACUUAGAAACACUGAGGUCUAAAAGCGUCUAAAACUACGGUAGAAAUUCUAAUAUAUCUCCUGUCUGCGUUGCAACCCUGUCCUAGGGUGUAGGAUUACACUUCGGUUUAAGCUGUAUGUAUAAGAUUUUUAAUUAAUAUAAUGUGAGCAGGUCUCACAGAACUUUGCAA